CAUUGUUACACCCAAGUUUUGCGCUACUCUUACACACUUUUGCCUUGUUGUAGUCAUUAUACUAAUAUACGAACCAUUCCGCAUACAAAAACGAUUACAACUGCUGCAUUUAACAUAGCAGUCAAUAAGAAUCCUCCUCUACCUGAUCUCGAAGUCUCGAGAAGUUUAGUUUUUUUGUUCAAGUUUGCCAUCGGGCUUUGUUCUGGUCUGUAAGCAAGAUCCUGGGAACUCACUAAACUCGCAAUCGUAUAUUUACAAUUUAUCUAAGAUGACUGACGUGGAUAAGUGGAUCGAGAUCGCAAAACGGUGUAAAUACCUGCCUGAAGACGAUCUACGGGAGUUGUGCAAUAUUGUGUGUGAUUUGUUACUUGAAGAGCCUAAUGUUCAGCCGGUGCAGACGCCUGUUACGGUGUGUGGGGACAUACAUGGACAGUUUUAUGACUUGGAAGAACUAUUCAACAUAGGUGGUCAAGUGCCGCAGACCAAGUACAUAUUCAUGGGGGACUAUGUUGACCGCGGAUAUUACAGUCUUGAAACACUGACCUUACUCAUGGCUCUGAAAGCCAGGUAUCCAGAUAGAAUCGUGUUGCUAAGGGGCAACCAUGAAACCUCACAAAUAACCAAAGUGUACGGAUUUUACGAUGAGUGUUUUAAUAAAUAUGGCAAUACGAAUGCUUGGAAGGACUGCUGUAGGGUGUUUGAUUUACUGACGGUGGCAGCGCUAAUAGACGAGACAGUGCUCUGCGUGCACGGCGGACUGUCCCCAGAGAUAUCGAUGAUCGACGAGAUCCGCUGUAUAGAGAGGAAUCAGCAGAUCCCCCACAAGGGAGCCUUCUGCGACCUGCUGUGGUCCGAUCCGGCGGACGUAGAGAUGUGGUCGGUGAGCCCCCGCGGUGCGGGAUGGCUGUUCGGCAGCUACGUGACUGAACUUUUCAUGAACUACAAUAAUUUGAAUUUGAUAUGUCGGGCUCAUCAGCUCGUCAACGAAGGUUACAAAUACAUGUUUGACAAGCGGCUAGUGACUGUUUGGUCGGCACCAAACUAUUGCUAUCGCUGCGGCAACGUCGCCUCCAUAAUGGAGUUCAAAACUGUCUCUUUCCGAGUUGCAAAACUAUUCCAAGCAGUCCCCGACGCCGAACGAGAAGUGCCCCCACAGCAUACCACCCCUUAUUUUUUAUAAGGAUAAAACAAGUAUUAAAUACAGUAUGUAGUGAAAUAAUUAUCAUAUGUAUGUAAUAUUUUGUACAUU